GUCUAAGCGGACACCACCAUAUCUUAUUACGUGAAAAGCCAAAUUCUGCCUCCAGCGAGCACUGGAUGAUAUUUUGUUGAUUGGAGAAUGGCCCCUCAGCUUCAGCCCCUGGCGCGCAGUGAUUCCAAGACGAAAUUCUUCCAACGUCUUGGGCUCUCUCUCCAGAACAGUUCGGAUAAUCGUCUCUAUGAACUCAUGAAGGAAGAGGCAAUAGCAGGAAGGGAGCGAAUCUUGAGCGACUCGAAUAGCCUCUUGCCUCAACUCAGAGGUGACCCCAAUAUCCGACCUCCAUACUCCAACAUCCAGAUUUGCGAAUCAGCGAUCCAUAACGAGAUUCUGAGGAUAUUCCGAGAAGCAUCUUCCGAGACCAAACCCAUGUAUUAGAAAGGUCACGAUAGAGACAGCUUCAAUGAGGAGAAUUGGAUCAUACGUUGGAUGCUUUGGCAUGUUUUCCGGUUCCGUGACAGCAGGAACAAACCUGGGCAGUCCAGUCAAACACGCUCAAAAUCUUCGUCGAAUGAGGAGGCAAGUACAAGCGGCCAUAUAAGCAAUGGGUACUGGGAUCCUGUGAGAGAUGCACAUCAAGCUGCACAAAACUAGUGCGUGAGCCAGAAGGAUAUGAUAUGCACAUUCAAGCACUCGAAUUUCUCUAGCGUUGAGCCUCAAGACGUACGAUCGUGAUGCAAAGUCUU